CAGAAGAAGAAGAAGAAAAGAAUUGCGUCUAUCAAAAGAGGAAGAAGGGAGAUCCAAAAUGUCAGAGUACAGUAUGGUCCAGAAAAGUGCCCUGAAAUUAAAAGGCGUAGGGAGUAUUUCAGCUGGAAAAAAGAAAAAGAAGAAGGAUAAAGAAAGUAAGCAGCUCUUGGAGCAAGUCAUCACCAGUCAGAACGAUGAGGAGGUGAAAACUAAGAAACCGUCUGUUGACAAAAGGACACCAGCACAAACUGCCUUUGAUAAGACACAGGAGAAGAGGCAAAUGGAGAGGAUUUUGAAAAAAGCCUCAAAGACACACAAACACAGAGUAGAGGAUUUCAAUCGCCACCUGGACACCCUGACGGAGCAUUAUGAUAUUCCCAAGGUCAGCUGGACCAAAUAGAAGAGGAAAAAACAUUCAUUUUGUUAUUUUAUUUACUACUUGUACAAAGAUCUCACACGGCACAUUUUUGAAGCAUAUGUUAUUUGCUAGUUUAUGUUUAGUUAUGUAUACAGUUGAAUGUCUAAAAUUUGCAUUCAGCCAUUCCUGGUAUGCACAAUAAAGGAUUUUAGUAAAC